UCCAAGACCAGAAGAGGGUGAUGUCCUUCCUGCCUCCAAGACCAGAAGAGGGUGAUGUCCUUCCUGCCUCCAAGACCUGCCUCAGAAAGUGCUGGGGCUUCUUUCCCUGGUGGGGUGAAGACCAGAAGAGGGUGAUGUCCUUCCUGCCUCCAAGACCAGAAGAGGGUGACGUCCUUCCUGCCUCCAAGACCAGAAGAGGGUGACGUCCUUCCUGCCUCCAAGGCCUGCCUCAAAGUGCUGAGCUGGUGAGUCCAGAGAGCUGGCGGUCAACUCUCAACAAGAAGCAGCAGCAGUGGAUUGACCGGACGCUGUUUACCAGGAGCCGCCUACAGAGCUCACAGUUCAUCACUGUCCUUGCCCUGGUGGGGUGAAGACCAGAAGAGGGUGAUGUCCUUCCUGCCUCCAAGACCAGAAGAGGGUGAUGUCCUUCCUGCCUCCAAGACCAGAAGAGGGUGAUGUCCUUCCUGCCUCCAAGACCUGCCUCAGAAAGUGCUGGGUGGGGAAGUUCAGCGAAGUUAAAGAGUGCAGUGAUUUCUUCCUGGAGGGGACAACUCCAAAUCUCCCGGGUAUUUUGGUUGAUGGGACAGUCCAGGACCCGAACCGCUACAAGCUGAUUUGCCAGAAGUACAAGAACAGCUACAGGUUUGCAACUCUCUACGACACGACCAACAAGAUCCCUGUGUUCUCAGCCUACACCUUCACUGGUCCUCCUCCUAAAGGCAGACCAAAUCAACCCUGGAUGAUCGAGCCCCAGGUGGUGAACAGUUUCGAUCCAAACUGCCGUGAUUUCUUCCUGAAUGGGACAACUCCAAAUAUCACGAAUAUCUUUGUUGGUGGGAGAGUCCAGAUCCAGAACCAGAACCCGGACCGCUACAAACUGAUUUGCCAGAAGUACAAUAACAAAUACAGGUUUGCAACUCUCUACGACACGACCAACAAGAUCCCUGUGUUCUCAGCCUACACCUACACUGGUUAUAUUAAGGGCAAAAAACGAAAUAAAUGGAAGAUUGAGCCCCAGCUCAACAACAUAAACGACAACAGCAAAAUGAUAUUGGAUGAUGGAGGAGGUCCAUAUCCAAACCAGGCUGGGAACAACGACUAUAAAGAAGAGAAAAAAAAAGAAGAAGAAAAAGAAAAAGAAAAGUUUAACAGAGGUCACCUCUUCCCAUUUUCAUAUGCGAUUGACCAAGAAACUAAGGACUCCACCUUUACCCUGACCAACAUCGUUCCCCAGGUGGUGACCUUCAACGGGGGCAGCUGGGAGGAUAUGGAGUGUGACGUCAGAAAUAAUAUUGAGAAUAACUGUAAGGAUGAUAAAAACAUCAUAAAGGCCUAUGUGGUGACUGGAGCAGCGCCCAGUGAGAGCAACAAACUGAACAACCGAGUGAACAUCCCGAAGCUCCUGUGGACAGCCUACUGCUGUAACAACAGCCAGGGACAGUGGGUGGCCGAAGCACACUGGGGUGUGAACAAAGAGGAGAAGAAUGGGCCGCCAUUGGUCUCUAAAACCUUGGCAAAGCUGUAUGAGAAGUUGAGCGAGCACUACCCAGGUGUCCAGGUGUUCCCAGAUGAGUGUUCAGCUGAUAAUCCGACAGCGCUUCGCCUCGUGGGUGGGGAUGUACAUGAUCACUGUGUCUAUGAUGAUGAAUGUGUCUGUUCCUCUGUGGGGAUCAAAGGUCAUUACCUACCUGUUGUAUUGUUUUCUGUGCUGGUGAUGAGGAUGUUGUAACGCGUGACUCCGUCAGGCCAAGUAGGUAAUAAUGGUCCUGGUUUAAUCUGACCUGAGUUUCAAUACUUUCUGACCAAUCAGCACAGUACUGUUCUACCAUGCUUAAUGUAGAACGACUCCAUCUAUUAUUUGUAAUGUUAUUUCUCUUGUUAAAAGGCUGAUUUGGUUUUGGGUGUUGAGAUUAGAUUUGACCUGACCUGACCUGAAAUUCAAGCUGUGAUAAACAUCAUACAUGAUAAUUCAAGAACAUAUAUAUCAUGUUAAUCUCAGGAUCAACUUCAUACAAAUGUAUUUUGAAAACAAAUCUUUAAAAUAAUGGGUGUGUUUACAUGCUUAGACUAGACUCAUUUUGAUUACAAUAUAAUUUGUGAAUGUAUGUUUCAUCCUUCUCAUUAACAAUAAUUAAAGAACAUUUGAGUGUG